GGACACGCUGUUUCUCCAACUUCCCCCCUCACCACCACCACUAUUUUGGCAUUAAAGUUUGCCCCUAUAAUCUAUGGCUGACCCGCCAAUUCUACCACUGUUGAAAACGGUAUUUACCUCAAUCCUCGAGGUUUUUCUUCUAUGCUGGGCCGGUUACAUUCUCGCAGGGCAAGGAAUCCUUGAUAAGAAAACACAGAAGCAACUCAACCGACUGAACGUGUCCCUAUUCACUCCUGCGCUUCUCUUCUCCAAAGUCGCAUUCUUUUUGUCUCCAGGUGAGUUUUUUGUGCAUCGCAGUCGUCAUUGGCAGUGCCACGGUCAAAUGCGUCUUUUCGCCGACUUCCUUCCGGAUUUGCGGGUUCUGUGCCUGAUACUACCUAUGCAAGUCCCCGAUUCCCCUCUAAGCUCUUUCUGUCGCUGUGGGGCCCCACUAGCGUCCAAGAUCUGCAGUUUCAAGGAUAUAAGCCCCGUGGUCGUAGGUUUGAUUAGCGGAAUGCUGUUCUGACGGGGAGUCAGCCGACCGUUUCCUGGGUAUUCGUUCUCCCGAUGAGCUUCCAGUCGAUGUCUAUUUCUAUUGUCCUGAAGGCUUCUUUUAAUUCCGGCAUGUUUUCGGUAUCUAUCGCCGGUUCUCGCGCAGACACGGUCUUUCUUCUCGCAUUUGAACGACUUCGAUGUUCAUCUAAUGACACAUUUUUGG